CAGGCGUGAAUGGUCCUGUGUGCUGUGCUCUCUGUCCUGCGGCUGGAUGCUGUGGAGCGUGCUCAGGAAGCUCUGAAGUUGCGACAUGGACUCAUUGACCUAUGAUGAUGUGCAUGUGAACUUCACUCGAGAAGAAUGGGUUUUGCUGGAUCUUUCACAGAAGAAUCUCUACAAAGAUGUGAUGUUGGAGACCUACAGGAACCUCAGUGCUAUAGGCUACAACUGGGAAAACCAUACCAUUGAAGGACAUUGUCAAAGUUCCAGAAGACAUGGGAGGCAUGAAAGAAGUACUGGAGAGAAACUCUCUAAAUAUACUCAGUGUGGUAAAGCCUUUGCAUGUCACAGUUAUCCUCAAAGGCAUGAAAGACUUCAUACUGGAGAGAAACCCUAUGAAGUUAUUCGGUAUGGUGAAGGCUUUGUACAUCACAGUCUCCAAAUGCAUGAAGUAAUACAGACUGGAGAGAAACCUUACAGAUGCAAUCAAUGUGGUAAAGCUUUUGCACAUCGUCGUAAUCUUGGAAUGCAUAAAGUAAUACAUACUGGAAAGAAACCCCACAUAUGCAAUCAAUGUGGUAAAGCUUUUACACGACACAGUCAUCUCAAAAUGCAUAAAAUAACGCAUACUGGAGAAAAACCUUACAAAUGUGAUCAAUGUGGUAAAGCCUUUGCUUAUCAUAGUUAUCUUCAAGUGCAUAAAAGAACACAUACUGGAGAGAAGCCCUAUGAAUGUAAUCAAUGUGGCAAAGCCUUUGCAUAUCAAAGUUAUUUCCAAAUACAUAAAAGAACACAUACUGGAGAGAAACCCUAUGAAUGUAAGCAAUGUAGUAAAUCCUUUGCCACUCAUGGUCAACUUCAAAGUCAUGAAAGAAUUCAUAAUGGAGAGAAACCUUUCAAAUGUAAUCAAUGUGAUAAAGCCUUUGCACAACAGUGUCAUCUUCGAAUGCAUAAAAGAACACAUACUGGAGAGAAACCCUACAAAUGCAAUCAAUGUGAUAAAGCUUUUUCACGACACGGUAAUCUCCAAAUUCAUAAAAGCACACAUACUAGAAAGAAACUCUAUGAAUGUAAGCAGUGUGAUAAAGCCUUUACAUACCAUUAUGAACUUCAGAGUCACAAAAGAAGUCAUACUGGAGAGAAGUCCUAUGAAUGUAAUCAGUGUGGUAAAGCCUUUGCACUUCAAUGUAAUCUUCGAAUGCAUAAAAUAAUACAUAUUGGAGAGAAACCCUACAAAUGCAAUCAGUGUGGUAAAGCAUUUUCACGACACAGUACUCUUUACAUACAUUAUAGAACACAUAAUGGAGAGAAACCUUAUGAAUGUAAUCAAUGUGGUGAAGCCUUUGCAUAUCACAAUUAUCUCCAAGUGCAUAAAAGAAAACAUACUGGAGAGAAACCCUAUGAAUGUAAUCAAUGUGAUAAAGCCUUUACACAACAGGGUCAUCUCCAAGUGCAUAUGAUAACACACACUGGAGAGAAACCCUAUGAAUGUGAUCAAUGUGGUAAAGCCUUUGCAUAUCAUAAUAGUCUCCAAGUACAUAAAAGAACACAUACUGGAGAGAAACCCUAUGAAUGUGAUCAAUGUGGUAAAGCCUUUGCACAUCGUUGUCAUCUCCAAGUACAUAAAAGAAUACAUACUGGAGAGAAGCCUUACAAAUGUGAUCAAUGUGGUAAAGCCUUUGUAGGUCAGAAUGAUCUUAAAAGACACGAAAGAAUUCAUACUGGAGAGAAACCUUACAAAUGUAAUGAAUGUGGUAAAGCCUUUGUAUGUAACGCUAGUCUCCGAAUACAUGAAGCAACACAUACUGGAGUGAAACCUUAUGAAUGUAAGCAAUGUGGUAAAGCCUUUGCUACUCAUGGUCAACUUCAAAAACACGACAGAACACAUACUGGAGAGAAACCUUACAGAUGCAAUGAAUGUAAUAAAGCCUUUGUAUAUAACACUAGUCUCCUAAUACAUAAAGCAACACAUACUGGAGUGAAACCUUAUGAAUGUAAGUACUGUAGUAAAUUCUUUGCCUCUCAUGUUCAACUUCAAAAACAUGAAAGAAUUCAUACUAGAGAGAAACCGAAAAGUGUGGUGGUUUAAAUACACUUGGCCCAUGGCAA